AUGUAUCAAUGGACUAUGCCAGCUGAAUAUUAUGACGUGAAGCGAGCCUUCAAAGAUGAUCGUGUGUACACGUUCGCAAAUAUGGCAUACCAGGAUAUCUACGAAGUUGGCUGCAAUUAUGAACAGUGUGUUGACGAGAAUAAUUUUGUCGUUGAGGCAGCGAUAGUUUGUAUCUACAACAAAAAUGUCCCUAAAGGCGCCAUGCUCUACCAGAAAGGAGAUGGAACCGGCUGUGAGAAAACUCCCAAAGUGUGUAAAGUGAAGGGAUCCACAUGCGGAGGUCUGCUCUGCGAAUUACCUCCUCGAAAUCCUCCUUCACUCCUAUGA